GGAAGAUCGAUAGAGGGCGUGCUUUCAACAAGACGGUCAUAAAGUUGAAACCCUGACGACAUCUAUGCCUAAUACAUGAACAAGUUUUAGCGAACCCGACUUAUUGUAACAGGUGAAAUGGCGAAGAAAAGAGGAAAUGCUGGCAAGAGUGUGCAUAAGAAGAAAGUCAGUGUCACAAAACUGUCUAACAUACGCUCCAGCAAGUCAUCAACUACAAAGCAUGGCAAGACUGUCGGUAAAAGCUCUAAGAGUGGCUCUGGGAAGAAACCCCCGCGAGGAUUCUGGAACAGAGCCAGUCACGCCGCAGGAGUUAAAGCUGGUGUUAUCAAGGAGAAGAAACCCAAGAAGAACGCCAGACAACUGAAAGGAGAGGAUGCUGAGAUAUCAAAGAAUCCAAAGGAGAAAGAACCAGAAGAAGAUGUGGAAGAAGAAGAAGAAGACGAAGAAGAAGAUGCGACAGAAGAUUUCACUGGAGAAGAUCUGGAAUACAUCCAGACAAUGGGAUUUGGGGAAAACUUCCUCUCUAGUGUUGACGACAGUGAACUUCCAACUUCACAGAAGAGCAGCAAGAGAAAGAAAGACGAUGCCGACAACAAACUGCAGCCAUACGAGAUGGAGCCCAGGUCCAUCCCUGUUGCAGCAACAGAUCCACAGCGGAAGAUGAAACAGUUGUUACCCAUCAAACAUGCCAAGGGUUUUGAGUUCAGGUGGGAGGAACGAAAGAACGAAGAGGAGAGAAAAGAAGCGACAGAAGAGGUCGAAGAUGAAGAUGAAGAGACACAUCAAGAUGUUGAAGAAGAGAAGCCAGCACUACCAGCGCUGAGCACCGUGGAGCUAUUCACACUGAGGGAAAGGAAGCUGACACUGAGAAAGCAAAGGAUCGCUAAUCUGUCCCACGCUGUACUGACUGACCCCGAAAGAAACAUCAAUAAAUUGAAGGAUCUACGAAUGAUGCUUGAGGAGAAGGAACGCGAUGUCGUCGUGACCGUUCAGAAGCUUGUCAUGGUGUCAUUGGUUGAAGUCUUCAAGGAUAUUUCCCCUGGAUAUCGCAUACGUGAAUGGGGAGAAAAGGCCAAAGCUGUGGAGCUAAGCAGAGACGUCAAGAAGAAGCGAGAUUUUGAAGAGGGGUUGUUGAAACAAUACAAAGCAUACCUGUCGUUCUUGGAGAAAGCUUGCAGAGGCCACAAGAAAUCAAAGAAGCAAAUCCAACGAGAGAAAGAACAGGGCAAGUCGACCUUUGACCUCCCGGAGAGUGCCAAACGGAGUCUUGCGGAGGUUGCAGCACGAUGUCUGUGCAGCCUCAUGACGAGCUUACAUCAUUUCAACUAUCGCACCAAUAUCAUUAACGUGGUUGUGUCAUUAAUGACGAGUGAACAUGAAGAAAUCUGCAACACCUGUUGUCUAAACGUUCGUACGCUGUUCAAGACCGAUCAUGUAGGAGAAGCAGUCUUGGAUGCAGUUCGCUUCAUCAGCCGACUGAUUCGCAGUCACAAUUACAGCGUAUCUCCUAAGGUUCUCAACACGUUCCUGUCGCUCAAGAUCAAAGAAGUGACUUUACCUGAAGAAGAGGACAAGAAGAAAAAACUCAUUGAGAAGAAAGAGAAACUGAAAAAGAUGUCUAGGUCACAAAAGAAGCAUCAAAAACGUCUUGCAGAGGUUGAGAAAGAACUACAGGCAACCGAGGCAUCGGAGAACAAAAACAAAAGGAAAAAACUGCACACAGAGAUCAUUCAGUCGGUAUUUGCAACCUACUUCCGCAUCCUCAAGAAAGCCAGUAACUCUGUCCUGCUGUCGUCAGUCUUGGAAGGACUGUCCAAGUUUGCUCAUCUCAUCAACAUUGAUUUCUUUGAUGAUUUGGUCAAGGUCUUGUACACGCUCAUAGACUCUGGGGAUUUGAGGUACCGAGACAGUCUUCACUGCGUUUUGACAGCGUUCCUGAUUCUGUCUGGACAGGGCGAUGUCCUUAACAUUGACCCAACCAAGUUCUACACAUUGCUCUACGUAACAAUGCCUCAGGUGCAUGCGGGUGAUAGCAGUGCGGACGCCAGAUUGAUCCUUGAUUGCAUCGAUGCGAUGAUCACAAAGCGGCACAAACAAGUCACGUUCCAACGAGUCUUGGCUUUUCUGAAACGUCUCGCUACACUCGCGCUACAGAUGAUGCCCAAUGGAAUUCUGGGAUACGGCUGUGCGAUACGCAAUAUCAUGAAGUGGUACCCUAAGAGUGACUUGCUCCUUGACAGUGAAAGUUUUGGGAGUGGUAGAUUCUUACCAGAGUUACCCGAGGCAGAGCACUGCAAUGCACAGAGCACUGCAUUGUGGGAACUUCAUCUACUCAAGAGGCAUUAUCAUCCCACAGUCAGAGAGUACGCUCAGCAUAUAACCAAGGGUAACCCACUGACUGGAAUUGGAGCACUGCCUGUUAAUAUCUCCAGAUUGUCAGCCCAGAAGACCUUGAAGGAGUUCAGCCCAGACCAGAUGAUCUUCAAUCCUCCCAUUGAUACCAGAAGAGGCAAGAAGAAAACCGUGGUUGUGAUGAAGGAGCCCGAUUCAGACUAUGUUCAGAAGGACUUUGAUGAGCUGGUCAAUAGGACACUGAUUUCCACACCAGACGUAAAUGACAUACAUAGGUAUCUUGUCACAAAGGAUGACAAAUCGCCCCUAGCUCUGAACUCAGAUCUUAAACCUUCAGUCAGAGAUCUGAAGAGGAAAGGUGGUAGGACAGAUGAACAAACACCGAGGAAGAAAGCAAAGCAUCCAGCUACUAAGAACUUGGGGAGCGGUGGAAAGAAAUGUCGGACAAUUGAAGAGACGAGACUGAAGCGAAGAAAUGGACAAGGUGUUAACAGAUAGGCUAAAGAUUCUCUUGCACUGUCCCUCUGGCUAAUUCAUUUUUACAAUUAGUUAAGUGAUUUCCCUUUACAACCGACUCUUUGCUGGGGCCGAAAGAUUGCUCGAGAAAUCCUUGCUGUAUGAGGAACUUGAGGUACAAAGAUUUAUCAAGUCUUAGAUUAAAAUAAAGUAGUUGUUGCCUUGUGCAAGGACUAGGACUUCAUUCAGUUGUGUGGGAUACAUUUUAACUACAUGUGUAAUUUGAAUCGUGGACAGAUUAUAUUGAAGGUUAGGCGCUGUAUUUCAACUGGAUUGGCUUUUACCCAGAUCUGUUUUACAGGGUUAUUUUGCAAACAUGUAAUACAGUCAAACUCUGAUAAGAAGAGCACUGUUAAUACGACAUCCUGCUUAUAACAAACGAAAUGUUAGGUCCCAAGUCUUUGUGUUCCAUUACUGGUAAUACAAGGUGCCUGUUUAUAACAAGGUAAUUUGUAAACUCCUUAGGACCUUGUAAAGUUGUUCCAGUGUACGUGUACAUGUACAUACAAAAACUGCAAAAGGACGGUUUUGUACAGGCUUCCUAAAUAUUUCCCCUGUAACAACACAAGUAUCAGUCCAAUUCUCUUUAUGAUUUGAGUACCUUCAGUAUAUAAUAAUUAAGGUUCUAUUGCAUAGAGGAUUGAAGAAAAAUAUAGGAUUUCUCAAUCUUAUGAACAUGAAUACAUGUGAAUUCUGUUUUUCACUGAAACAGUAAUAUUCCCCUUGAAGCUUGCAAGUUGGUGUAAUUUAAACAUCGUAUAUAAACAUUGACAAACAACAUGUAUUUGUAAAUUGCUAUUUGGUUGAAUUUAUUUAAUAAACACCAGACUUUUAUGGUACAGAAGAAAGGUA